UUGUCUCCUCUGUUUUGCAGACUUGUUGCAGUGGACGAACACCCUAUUCGUGUUAGCUCUUUAUGCGGGGGCCAAAUUUGUGUUGGGGGCUCCAUUUUUCGUUGCCCUUCUGAUCUAUAAAUGGCGACGAAGGCAUUUAUCUAUGUAUGAAAGCAUUGAAGAUUUUCUGCAAAGCGACAACAACAUCAUCCCUAUAAGGUACUCCUAUAGAAAAAUCAAAAAGAUGACAAAAGGGUUUAAAAUAAGACUUGGGAAAGGAGGCUAUGGCUCUGUUUUCAAAGGACAACUUCGAAGUCGUCGUGAUGUAGCUGUCAAGAUGUUGGAUAAGGCUGAAGCCAAUGGUCAGGAUUUCAUCAACGAGGUUGCAACACUUGGUAGAAUCCACCAUGUUAAUGUUGUGCAACUCAUUGGUUAUUGUGUGGAAGGAUCAAAGCGUGCUCUUGUGUAUGAGUUCAUGAAGAAUGGGUCUCUUGACAAAUACAUUCUCUGUAAACCUAAUCACAAUGAGCAAUCCUUGAAUCUUCAUCAAUUGUAUGCCAUUUCUCUAGGAGUAGCUCGUGGUAUUGAAUAUCUUCACAACGGGUGUGAUAUGCAAAUUCUGCAUUUUGAUAUAAAGCCGCACAACAUCCUUCUUGAUGACAACUUCACCCCAAAGGUUUCUGAUUUUGGGCUUGCUAAACUCUAUCCUACAAAUGAUAGUAUUGUGUCUCUUACAGCAGCAAGAGGAACCAUAGGAUACAUGGCUCCUGAGCUCUUCUACCAAAAUGUAGGUGGAGUCUCCUAUAAAGCUGAUGUGUAUAGCUUUGGGAUGUUAUUAAUGGAGAUGGCUGGUAGAAGGAAGAAUCUGAAUGCGUUGGCUGAGAAAUCAAGUCAAUUUUAUUUUCCUUUUUGGGCUCAUGAUCAGUUAAAUGAAGGGAAUGAAAUUACCAUAGCAGAUGCAACAGAGGAAGAAAUGAAAGUGGCAAGGAAAAUGCUGAUCGUUGGGUUGUGGUGCAUUCAAACCAAGCCUAGCGACCGUCCUUCAAUGAACAGAGUUAUGGAGAUGCUUGAGGGAGACGAGCAAGACUUGGAAUUGCCUCAAAAGCCUUAUCUAUAUCCAGAAGAGUUACCAGUAAGGGAUGAUAUUGCAUAUUCAACACGACGAUCCAACUCAUCAAGCAAUCAUCCUUCGAUGGAAAAGGCUCUUGAAGCAGGGGAGCAAGAGUCAGUAUUGCCUCAGCAGUCUUUUCUAUAUGCACAAGAUUCACCAACAAUUGAUGUUAGUGCUCAUUUACGUUCAACGCCUAAAUCCUCUGAUCCUUCACCAAACGGUCAAAAGGAAGAUUUUCUAGGCAAAUUCUUGAUUAUACGAAAUACAUGUUUGGAAGGACUUUUAUAUGUCUUUCAGGAGUUGAGAUUACUAAUUACUCUUCAUUUUGGGAUCUUCAUGAUAAGGGACAUGUUUUCCUCAUCAACACAAUUACCAGUAGCUCUGUUUCUGAUUAUGGCAUUAUGCAGAACUUGCAACGCAUCAGAUGGACAGCAGACCUGUUCUAGUCUGUGUGGAGAUCACAACAUUAGGAGCCCUUUUCGGCUAAAAGACUCUCCAGAGCAGUGUGGUGAUCAAAGGUACAACCUUUCUUGCGAGCAAAACCAACUGGUAAUGUACUGGCAAUCUGGGAGAUACAGUGUUUUGUCCAUUGAUUAUGAGAACUACACAAUCCGAUUAAGGGAUGCUAAUAUUGUGGAGUUCGAUUCCUCUUCCCUCCCUGAGUAUUCUUUGACAGACUACAACUUUAGCAAAUCAUAUCCAUAUACCUCCACCAUUGAUGGACCCAACAAAAAUGGAGAUUUGUUGUGGUAUGAAUUGUACACAAGUAUGAUGAUGAUAUACGUAAGUUGUGAACACCCUCUAGAUUCCCCUGGCUUUGUGGACACAGCGCCUUGCUUCAAAACUUCAAAUGGCUCUGUAGCUUCUUCUUCUUCUUCUUCAUCGAAUUUGUAUGCCUGUGUUGGGAUGGGAAUUGUAGCGUAUGCGGCGUUAGAUGACAAUUGCCGUAUAGAAAUGAUGUAUAUGACAUCGUGGCCUGCUCUGAAGAACAACCAGUCUUGGUCCUGCACGGACAUCCACAAUAUGCUUCUUUAUGGCUUUGAACUUUCUUGGCUCAAAAGUCACUCGGAGAAUAGCAUUUUUGAAAUGAUCCUUCGGAGCAUCCUGAACUAUAGGAUAUACUUCGCUCUGUCUGUGUUAGCUUAUAUUGGAGCUAAAUUUGUUUUGGCGACUCCAUUUCUCCUUGGCCUGUUGAUCUAUAAAUGGCGACGAAGACAUUUAUCAGUGUUUGACAACAUUGAAGAUUUUCUGCAAAGUGAGAACAACAUCAUCCCUAUAAGGUACUCCUACAAUGACCUCAAGAAGAUGACAAAUGGGUUUAAAGUAAGACUUGGGAAGGGAGGCUAUGGCUCCGUUUUCAAAGGACAACUUCGAAGUGGUCGUGACGUGGCUGUCAAGAUGUUGAAUAAUGCCAAAGCCAAUGGUCAGGAUUUCAUAAACGAAGUUGCUACCGUUGGUAGAAUCCACCAUGUUAAUGUGGUGCAACUCAUAGGUUAUUGUGUGGAAGGAUCAAAUCAUGCUAUUAUAUAUGAAUUCAUGAAAAAUGGAUCUCUCGACAAAUACAUUCUGUCUAAACCUAAUCAUUAUGAUCAAUCCUUGAAUCUUCAUCAAUUGUAUGCCAUUUCUCUUGGAGUAGCUCGUGGUAUUGAAUAUCUUCACAAAGGGUGUGAUGUGCAAAUUCUGCAUUUUGAUAUAAAGCCGCCCAACAUCCUUCUUGAUGACAACUUCAUCCCAAAAGUCUCUGAUUUUGGCCUUGCUGGACUCUAUCCUACAAAUAAUAGCAUUGUGCCUCUUACAACAGGUGGGGGAACUAUAGGAUACAUGGCUCCUGAACUAUUCUACAGAAAUGCAGGAGGAGUCUCUUGCAAAGCCGAUGUUUAUAGUUUUGGGAAGCUAUUGAUGGAAAUUGCUGGUAGAAGGAAGAAUUUGAGUGCAUUGACUGAAGAAUCUAGUCAAUUUUACUUUCCCUUUUGGGUAUAUGAUCAACUAAACGAAGGAAAUGAAAUCGACAUAGCAGAUACAACAGAGGAAGAAAUGAAAGUGGCAAGGAAAAUGAUGAUCGUUGGGCUGUGGUGCAUUCAGACCAAGCCUAGUGAUCGUCCUUCAAUGACCAAGGUUGUGGAGAUGCUUGAGAGAGAUGAGCAAGACUUAGAAUUGCCUCAAAAGCCUUAUGGUUAUCCACAAGAUUUACCAGCAAGGGAUGAUAGUGAUCUUUCAAGUCCAAUAUGGGGGUUCAAGCCAAGCAAUCAUCCUUCACCGAGCAAAGAUGUAGAGAUGCUUGAAGGAGAGGAGCAAGAGCAAGAUUCGCCAACAAAUGAUGUUGAUGAUCAUUUCUGUUCACCGCCUCCAGUGAAGAAUAAUCCUAAAGAAACAACUACAUUUUUAAGUAAAGAAGACGAGAGAUCCAUAUAACAUUGUAAAAUAUAUGCAGAGUACUGGUGAUAUAUUGACUUUAUUACGAGAGACUUAAAUACGAAUAAGAACCGAGCGUUGCACAUAAUGAGAAAUGGGUGCAUUUUAGGCUUUCAUUUCUUACAUUAUAUGAUGUAUUCAGGAAGAAUCAUUUCUCUAACUUUCUGGAUAAUUAUGUUUUUGAGGAAAUUGAUAAAAAUGUUUUAGCUACUGCCUU